CAAAACGAUGUGUAUUUAUAACAAUGACGGUAUUUCCUUAAACACAUCAAGUACAAAAUUAAAUAACGAUGACAUAAAAGGCCUGAAUGAACAUCUGACAGUUAGGUCCGAAAUGCCAGAACCAGAUGCACGGAAUUUGAUCCGUCGAGUUAAUUAG